GUGGAAGAUAAGCCUUAAUAUACUGUAUAUUUUGUCCAGCUACAUAACUGAUUUCAAAGAUCAAAGUUGAAUGUUAAAACAGGGCAAUUACUGUAUAUCAUUUGGGCCAGUAAGUACAAUUGUAUACUGAACUAAGUGCAUAGUUUACCAUUUAAAACAUUAUAUAUACUGCAGUUCAUUCUCUUUGUUGGAAAUUAAAUGAGAGCAAUGUCUACGGUCAGUCACCUAUACAUGUCGGUAUAAGCUUUCAAUGUGUGUGUUUCUGUUUGCUGAAAUGGAAAGCAGAGUGCAAGCAUUACGUGGAGGUGAACAUUGGUUUUAUGGCACCCAACCCACUGCACUGCAAGAUAAAGGUAAGGACAUGGAUAUAAAGCCAGGGUGUUUACUCACUUGUCCAGGAAACUCAGAGACAGCCACAAGAAAUCAGAUUCCUGCUCAACUAUGAAGUAAGUACUCCUUAAAUAAAUAAAAUCAACAACAGAAAACAGCAGAUUCAAUAGAACUCAAUGUUAACAAACUCAAUUUAGAUUAGGGAUAGACUUGUGUCACAUUAACAUUAAUCUUGAUGCUUAAUAAAAAGUUUCCUGUUUCCAACCCUUGUCUUAACCAGCCCUGCUCAGACAGCCCUGAAGACUAAACUGGAGAAGCUGGAGUGUCACUUCACCUGGGACUGGAAGUCAGCAGGUACCAGCUGCUCCUUCUCAGAGAUCACCUGGAGGACAUUGGCAGUGACCAGAGCUUUCCAUGGCUGGGUCAGAUGUACAACUUGUGGGCUUACAUACACCACACCCUGGGCUCCACUGAUGCAGCCCUGCAGUGCCUCAGUAAGGCAGAGGAGGCCUUUUACCUAAACAGUCCUUCAGACAAGAUGGGUCCUUGGCUGCUGGUCCACUAUGGGAACCUAGCCUGGGUGCACUAUCACCUGGAUAACCAGGCGGAGAGCCACGGUGCGUGACAAAGGUUGAGGGACUGCUACGAGAUUACCCCUCGCCUUCCCAGGAAGAACCUGCAACCCCGAGGGUGUGUGCUGAAAAAGCCUGGACCCUCAUGAAGUUUGACCAGGACAAACGACUGAAAGCGAUAGAUUACUUUCAAAUGGCUAUUAGAUGGAACCUGAGAGAAAGGAGUGGCAAUCAAGCCAUGCCUUGGCCCUAGACUCAGUUUAUCCUUUUCAUCCGACAACCAACAGAAGGAGUCUGAGGGUUUUAAAGGAGCUGAGACUUGCCAAGGAAAACGAUCCCGACAACUUGUAUGUAGCAAGUAUCUACCUGUUAAGACUGGCAAGGACGAGCCAGGUCAGAAGUGAGGAAGCGCGACAGCUAGCGCAGACAUUUUAAAGAAGCCCGUCAGCUGCUACAGUGGUCUUAGACCCUUUCUUCAGUUUUACAGGACAUAUUUAUCAACAAUUUAAGCUAUUGACCUAGCAGCCGAGGCUCUGGAAAGACAUCCAAUGUUCGCUACCUGAAAAACAUCUAGCGAAUUCCUACCAAAAGGAAAAUCUACUCAAAGGAGGACAGUCUGAGGAGGAAGAGCAUGUAAAGACAGAGCCAUCAGUCUCUAUAUGGAUGUGAUCUCACUCUAUCCAGAGAACAUCACUAAAGGUCAAACUGGAGCUUGCAAGCAUCUAUGCAGAAUCAGACAUUGACAGGAGGGAACUAGCCAAGCAGAUCUAUGAAGAAAUUUCGCCAGCGAGCAGGAUCCACACAACUACAGUUACUCUACUUCCAUUACGCUAGAUACCUGAAUUUCCACAUCCAGGAUCGCAAUGCAUCAAUUGAUUUUCACAUGAAAGGCAGCAGAAAUACCAAAUCCUAACAAAAACGGUAAAAGAGUACGACAUCUUGAGGAGGAUUGGACAACGGGGAAGAAAUCGAAGAUGUGCAGAAAUCUGUGAAUUUCUCGAAAAACCCUUUUUUCUCACAGAAUGAAUAACAGCAAGGAGGGGAAUUAACCAAUCAGAAGUCACCAAAUUGAGGGGAGCCAUAUUGUACAUACAAUGUCUUGGUUUCGGGUCUUUUUGGGGUCUUUUAGGCCAGGUUGUUUUCUAAGCAAAUUGUGACAAAUGUUUCUGUUGUUGUUGAAAGUGCCAUGCAAAUAAAAAUAUUUACUGAAUUUUGUUUAAUUUUUUUUUGACAAAAUAAUUCCUCAUGACCAUAACACUGUUUUUCGUAAAAUUUCCAAUGGGGGCAAAAUAAGUUAUUUAUAUAAGUGUGAGAACACUUUCGUGUGUAAAAUCACAGCAUUCACACAUUCAGACGAGGACAAAAUAUGCAUUCACAGACAUCCAAACAAAUCGACCAUUUCCACACUUAUUCUUAAAAAUGAGGCAUUUCACAUUACAUCUCUACAAGGGAAGCACAGCCGCGAGCUGCCCAGUGACACAAGCCUACCAGACGAGCUAAACCACUUCUAUGCUCGCUUCGAGCAAGCAAAACACUGAAGCAGCAUAGAGCACCAGCUGUUCCGGAUGAUAAAGUGAUCACGCUCUCCGUAGCGUGUGAGUAAGACUUUUAAGCAGGUCAACAUUCACAAGGCCGCAGGGCCAGACGGAUUACCAGGACGUGUACUCCGAGCAGUGCUGACCAAUGGCAAGUGUCUUCACUGACAUUUUCAAAAUGUCCUGGACUGAAAUCUGUAAUACCAACAUGUUUCAAGCAGACCACCAUAGUCCCCCCGUGCCCAAGGACUCUAAGAUAACCUGCCUAAAUGACUACCGACCCGUAGCACUGACGUCUGUAGCCAUGAAAUGCUUUGAAAGGUGGUCAUGGCUCACUCAAAAGCAUUAUCCCCGAAACCCUAGACCCACUCCAAUUUGCAUACCCCCCCAACAGAUCCACAGAUGAUGCAUCUCUAUUGCACUCCACACUGCCCUUUCCCACCUGGACAAGAGAACCCUACGUGAGAAUGCUAUUCAUUGACUACAGCUCAGCAUUCAACACCAUAGCCCCUAAGCUCAUAAAUAAGCUAAGGAUCCUGGGACUAAACACCUCCUCUGCAACGGAUCCCGGACUUCCUGACGGCCGCCCCAGGUGGUAAGGGUAAGGUAACAACACAUCUGCCACACUGAUCCUCAACACGGGGGCCCCCCAGGGGUGCGUGCUCAGUCCCCCCUGCUCCCGUUCACCCCGCGAUGGCAGGGACGACUCAAAACCAUCAUUUGUUUGCCGGAACAACAUGGUAGGGCCCGUAUGGUUUUCAUUUACAAGCCAUAAAGUUUAUGCAGUGUUGAGGAAUGUGAAAGAACACCCUUGAUUAUUUUUACUGUGAUAACUUAUUUUGCUUUUGUAAGCCAACACUUUUGAGAUCAGUCAAUAAAUGCUUCUGGUAUUGACUUAUAUGCUGCCCCUGUCUUCAUGUUGUUGCUGGACAUAUCUUUUUAAAAAUGUGUGUAGGUCACCUAAAUCAUCAGAAAAAUUGCCCCUCCUGAGAAUUUUUUCAGGAGCCGCCACUGAUCUGAUUGCAUAAACAAAUCAAGUUAAAUUGUAGUAGCUAUGUAGCUAGUAAUAAUUCAAUACUUACGCCGGAUAAUCGUCAGAGUUGCUUUUUUGUAAAUGGAAGCUGGCUAGCGGCUGCUAACUGAUGCUAACUACUAUGGUAGCAGACAUCUUUCCUGCCCCCCGACUUAGAAUUGCACAAACACCUCCCCACACUGGUCAGAAUGUGGUACUGCACUGAAAAUAAUACACAAGCCAUGUUCAGGUACCUGCCUAUUUAAAUCAGCAGGGGGCGCCAGAGCAUAGAUGCCUUCUGGGAAUUUCAUUUAACCUAUCCAGGUGUUUCACAUCAUUGAAGAUGAAAGGAGUAGGCCCUUCUAUUUCUAGUUUGUAGAGAAACUAUUACUGAUUACCCAUUGGUUUUGCUUUUAUAGAAGUCAUAAAGAUAAAGUAUUGCAUCCUGGAUUAUCCUGGAUUAAGCCAUAAACAACACAUUGGAUCAUGCAACUAUCAACCUUUCAGCAACAUGUAGUAAAAUACCCGUCUGUACAAUAUCUGUCAAAACAUCGCCCCAAAUGAGGCCUAAAAAAGUACAGCAAUUUGAUUUGAUUUGGAUCUCUUUUAGCCCAUCAAGGGCUAGUCUUCCAAGAGUCCGUACAGCAAUACAGCAAUAAACAGUAUGAAAAUGUAUGCACUCACUAACUGGAUAAGAGCGUCUGCUAAAUUACUAAAAUGUAAAAUAAUGAUUACAUUUGAUUUUAUGGAAGUUAUGCACCUUUAUGUUAUGCUCCUCUGUGAUAUUUAGAGAUUUGUAACCCAGGCCCGGCCCUGGACGUUCUGCCGCUAGGCGAGACAAAAAAUGGCCGCCCCCCUCCUAUCCCUGCUAAUCUAGAAUAGUGUAACUACCGCAGCGGUCGGUAAUAGGUUUGACCUUGGGACCAUUUUCUUCUCAGAUAAUAGGCCUACGCUACAAAAUAAACACAAUUUUUAACAUGUUUAAUAGGCUUUAUAAAUCAGUUCAAUGUCAAUAACAUAGCCUAAUAUUUUCAAUCUGAUUACACUAAUAAAAUCACCAGUCUCUUUUAUAUUCGUUUUUUAUAUUUAUUUGUGUGUUUUUUUUAUUGGGGAUAAACAGCUUGCAAUCAAGAGAAAAUGUCGCUUUGAAAAAGUCUCAAAAGAAAGGUGGAUAAUGAAAAUGGAAGUUUCAGGGAAGAAUGGACAGAGACAUGGGCAUUCUUACCAUAUUUCUCCAAUGUCAAACCAGAGCAGUGGCAACACAUCAUUUUGGUGCCUGUUUUGCAUGUUAUUUUGGCAUUAAUACAUGUCACUUAUCAGUUUGCAAACAAUGUAACAAAUAGAGUUAAUAGGAUAAAAACCAGUUUUACACCACAAAACACCAGAAAAGGGCCAAAAAGAGUAGAACCAGUUCACCUGCUUUUUACACUAUGAUUUGACUAUAUAUGUUCAAUGUUUCAUUUGAAAAUAUUAUUUAAAAAUGAAUAAUCUCACCAUAUUAAAACGAUAGUUCUGUUCACAUAACUUGACCUUAAAAUGAGGGAGUUCUUGUCAUUUUUUUUAUACAUUAAAAUGAAUCACUAAUCACAUGAAAUAAAUAACACUCUUUAAAAAUGACUGUCAAAGCAACAAAAUAACUAGGGCUUUACUUGUAACCAAGUUAAGUGGGUUAAAACCAUCCUAGAAGGAUGCACAGAGGGACAUGUCAGAAUGAUGAAUUUUGGCACUUGAUCAAGUCUUUAAUCUUAGAAAAAAUCGGAAUUAUUCAAUUUUAGAUGUGUUCUAUAUUAAAGGCCUCUUCAUGUAAUAUAAUUAGAUUUUAAAAUGCAAUAUUUGUGCACAAUUUCUACAUAAAAUAUCAAAAGGACGCAAAAGAAACUCAUUUCGUGGAACAACACUAAUAAGGAUUACAUUUUAUUUGAUUGAAGUUUUAUGGAAGUAGUGGAAGAUAAGCCUUAAUAUACUGUAUAUUUUGUCCAGCUACAUAACUGAUUUCAAAGAUCAAAGUUGAAUGUUAAAACAGGGCAAUUACUGUAUAUCAUUUGGGCCAGUAAGUACAAUUGUAUACUGAACUAAGUGCAUAGUUUACCAUUUAAAACAUUAUAUAUACUGCAGUUCAUUCUCUUUGUUGGAAAUUAAAUGAGAGCAAUGUCUACGGUCAGUCACCUAUACAUGUCGGUAUAAGCUUUCAAUGUGUGUGUUUCUGUUUGCUGAAAUGGAAAGCAGAGUGCAAGCAUUACGUGGAGGUGAACAUUGGUUUUAUGGCACCCAACCCACUGCACUGCAAGAUAAAGGUAAGGACAUGGAUAUAAAGCCAGGGUGUUUACUCACUUGUCCAGGAAACUCAGAGACAGCCACAAGAAAUCAGAUUCCUGCUCAACUAUGAAGUAAGUACUCCUUAAAUAAAUAAAAUCAACAACAGAAAACAGCAGAUUCAAUAGAACUCAAUGUUAACAAACUCAAUUUAGAUUAGGGAUAGACUUGUGUCACAUUAACAUUAAUCUUGAUGCUUAAUAAAAAGUUUCCUGUUCCAACCCUUGUCUUAACCAGCCCUGCUCAGACAGCCCUGAAGACUAAACUGGAGAAGCUGGAGUGUCACUUCACCUGGGGACUGGAAGUCAGCAGGUACCAGCUGCUCCUUCUCAGAGAUCACCUGGAGGACAUUGGCAGUGACCAGAGCUUUCCAUGGCUGGGUCAGAUGUACAACUUGUGGGCUUACAUACACCACACCCUGGGCUCCACUGAUGCAGCCCUGCAGUGCCUCAGUAAGGCAGAGGAGGCCUUUUACCUAAACAGUCCUUCAGACAAGAUGGGUCCUUGGCUGCUGGUCCACUAUGGGAACCUAGCCUGGGUGCACUAUCACCUGGAUAACCAGGCGGAGAGCCAGCGGUGCGUGACAAAGGUUGAGGGACUGCUACGAGAUUACCCCUCGCCUUCCCAGGAAGAACUGCACCCCGAGGUGUGUGCUGAAAAAGCCUGGACCCUCAUGAAGUUUGACCAGGACAAACGACUGAAAGCGAUAGAUUACUUUCAAAUGGCUAUUAGGAUGGAACCUGAGAGAAAGGAGUGGCAAUCAAGCCAUGCCUUGGCCCUAGACUCAGUUUAUCCUUUUCAUCCAGACAACCAACAGAAGGAGUCUGAGGUUCUAAAGGAGCUGAGACUUGCCAAGGAACACGAUCCAGACAACUUGUAUGUAGCAAGUAUCUACCUGUUAAGACUUGGCAGGACGAGCCAGGUCAGAAGUGAGGAAGCGCGACAGCUAGCGCAGCACAUUUUAAAGAAGCCUGUCAGCUGCUACAGUGGUCUUAGACCCUUACUUCAGUUUUACAGGACAUAUUUAUCACACAAUGAAGCUAUUGACCUAGCAGCCGAGGCUCUGGAAAGACAUCCAAAUGUUCGCUACCUGAAAAAACAUCUAGCGAAUUCCUACAAAUGGAAAAUCUACUCAAAGGAGGACAGUCUGAGGAGGAAGAGCAUGUACGACAGAGCCAUCAGUCUCUAUAUGGAUGUGAUCUCACUCUAUCCAGAGACAUCACUAAAGGUCAAACUGGAGCUUGCAAGCAUCUAUGCAGAAUCAGACAUUGACAGGAGGGAACUAGCCAAGCAGAUCUAUGAAGAAUUACUCGCCAGCGAGCAGGAUCCACACAACUUACAGUUACUCUACUUCCAUUACGCUAGAUACCUGAAUUUCCACAUCCAGGAUCGCAAUGCAUCAAUUGAUUUUCACAUGAAGGCAGCAGAAAUACCAAAUCCUAACAAAUACGGUAAAAAGAGUAUCGACAUCUUGAGGAGGAUUGGACAACGGGGAAGAAAUCGAAGAUGUGCAGAAAUCUGUGAAUUUCUCGAAAACCUUUCUUCUCACAGAAUGAAUAACAGCAAGGAGGAGAAUUAACCAAUCAGAAGUCAACCAAAUUGAGGGAGCCAUAUUGUACAUACAAUGUCUUGGUUUUCUGCUCUUUGGGCUCUUUUAGGCCAGGUUGUUGCUAAGCAAAUUGUGACAAAUGUUUUCUGUUGUUGUUGAAAGUGCCAUGCAAAUAAACUAUUGACUGAAUUUUGUUAAUUUUUUUUUGACAAAAUAAUUCCUCAUGACCAUAACACUGUUUUUCGUAAUAUUUCCAAUGGGGGCAAAAUAAGUUAUUUAUAUAAGUGUGAGAAACACUUUCAGUGUGUAACUCACAGCAUUCACACAUUCAGACGAGGACAACAUAUGCAUUCACAGACAUCCAAACCAAAUCCGACCAUUUCCACACUUAUUCUGUAAAGAUGAGGCAUUUCACAUUACAUCUCUACAAAGGGAAGCACAGCCGCGAGCUGCCCAGUGACACAAGCCUACCAGACGAGCUAAACCACUUCUAUGCUCGCUUCGAGGCAAGCAACACUGAAGCAUGCAUGAGAGCACCAGCUGUUCCGGAUGACUAUGUGAUCACGCUCUCCGUAGCCGAUGUGAGUAAGACUUUUAAGCAGGUCAACAUUCACAAGGCCGCAGGGCCAGACGGAUUACCAGGACGUGUACUCCGAGCAUGUGCUGACCAACUGGCAAGUGUCUUCACUGACAUUUUCAACAUGUCCCUGACUGAGUCUGUAAUACCAACAUGUUUCAAGCAGACCACCAUAGUCCCCGUGCCCAAGGACUCUAAGAUAACCUGCCUAAAUGACUACCGACCCGUAGCACUGACGUCUGUAGCCAUGAAGUGCUUUGAAAGGCUGGUCAUGGCUCACAUCAACAGCAUUAUCCCAGAAACCCUAGACCCACUCCAAUUUGCAUACCGCCCCAACAGAUCCACAGAUGAUGCAAUCUCUAUUGCACUCCACACUGCCCUUUCCCACCUGGACAAGAGGAACACCUACGUGAGAAUGCUAUUCAUUGACUACAGCUCAGCAUUCAACACCAUAGUGCCCUCUAAGCUCAUCACUAAGCUAAGGAUCCUGGGACUAAACACCUCCCUCUGCAACUGGAUCCUGGACUUCCUGACGGGCCGCCCCCAGGUGGUAAGGGUAGGUAACAACACAUCUGCCACACUGAUCCUCAACACGGGGGCCCCUCAGGGGUGCGUGCUCAGUCCCCUCCUGUACUCCCUGUUCACCCAUGACUGCAUGGCCAGGCACGACUCCAACACCAUCAUUAAGUUUGCCGACGACACAACAGUGGUAGGCCUGAUCACCGACAACGAUGAGACAGCCUAUAGGGAGGAGGUCAGAGAUCUGGCCGUGUGGUGCCAGGACAACAACCUCUCCCUCAACGUGACCAAGACAAAGGAGAUGAUUGUGGACUACAGGAAAAAAAAGAGGACUGAGCACGCCCCCAUUCUCAUCGACGGGGCUGUAGUGGAACAGGUUGAGAGCUUCAAGUUCCUUGGUGUCCACAUCACCAACGAACUAUCAUGGUCCAAACACACCAAGACAGUCGUGAAGAGGGCACGACAAAGCCUAUUCCCCCUCAGGAGACUAAAAAGAUUUGGCAUGGGUCCUCAGAUCCUCAAAAAAUUCUACAGCUGCACCAUCGAGAGCAUCCUGACUGGUUGCAUCACCGCCUGGUAUGGCAACUGCUUGGCCUCCGACCGCAAGGCACUAGAGGGUAGUGCGUACGGCCCAGUACAUCACUGGGGCAAAGCUUCCUGCCAUCCAGGACCUCUAUACCAGGCGGUGUCAGAGGAAGGCCCUCAAAAUUGUCAAAGACUCCAGCCACCCUAGUCAUAGACUGUUCUCUCUGCUACCGCACGGCAAGCGGUACCGGAGUGCCAAGUCUAGGUCCAAAAGACUUCUCAACAGCUUCUACCCCCAAGCCAUAAGACUCCUGAACAGCUAAUCAUGGCUACCCGGACUAUUUGCACUGCCCCCCCACCCCAUCCUUUUUACGCUGCUGCUACUCUGUUAAGUAUUUAUGCAUAGUCACUUUAACUCUACCCACAUGUACAUAUUACCUCAACUAGCCGGUGCGCCCGCACAUUGACUCUGCAACGGUACCCCCCUGUAUAUAUAGCCUCCCUACUGUCACUUUAUUUUACUUCUGCUCUUUUUUUUUCCUCAACACUUUUUUUUGUUGUUGUUGUUUUAUUUUUACUUUUUUUGUUUAAAAUAAAUGCACUGUUGGUUAAGGGCUGUAAGUAAGCAUUUCACUGUAAUGUCUGCACCUGUUGUAUUUGGCGCAUGUGACCAAUAAAAUUUGAUUUGAUUUGAUUUUGAUCUCUCAAUAAGGGUCUAGUUAAAACAAAUACAAUUGGGAUUAACAACCAUUAUUACCAUGGUCCCUGCCUGACCUGCUUGGACUGAAAAUCCAUACAAGGAGACUGUGCAGACAUGACAUCCUCAGUCUUCAUUUUCAAAACACUGAGCAAAUUUAUCCGCUGGUGCAUAGGGUUAUGGACAGCUCCAUAUGAGCGGCAGAGUUUAGAAAUUCAUUUGAGAUUGACUUUAACUGCAACAUGGUCUGAAAAUAUCAAAAAAUGCAAUUCGUUUCCAGAUUUAAAUACAAAGGGCCGGGAUUUCUAAAUCGCCCAAAAUGUCCGGGAUUUGGCUUUUGCUUUCUACAGUCGCCAUUCAUUGUGUGCGUUUUGGGGGUUUUGCAUUGCAUUGAACUUUCUCUUUAGGUCCCGCCUUCUCACACGCCACCAUUGGUCGGUCAUGUAGACCUACGCAAACAUUGGUCAAACUGCAUCUCAAUCAUUACCCUCACCAUGGCAACAGCCAAGAGACAGCGCAGCAGCUUGCUUGUCAACAGUGGCACAUGGCUCCAGAACAGCGUAAAAAUGCCAUAAACGCAAAUGUAAAUUCACAGACGAUUUACAGAGAAAAUUCCCGUGUUUUCGUCUUGGUCGGGAUCCGUGUGAAGCAGAAUGCAUGACCUGCAAAGCUGGCACGUACGUGUCAGUGUCAAAUAAAGGUGCUAGCGAUCUAGAAGCCCACAUAAACUCCGCAAAACACAAAAUUGCAGGUAACGGAGAGAGUUCGUAAGGGAAAUUAACUGACUAUUUUGUGAGAGCAGGUAAAACAGAAGACGCUGUUACUGCUGCAGAGGGACUUUUUUCAUUCCACACCACGAAGCAUCACAAUAGCUACAGAUCAAUGGACUGCACGUCUGCCUUGUUAAAAAAGUAUUUCCCUGAUUCCGAGACUGCGCGAACAUUUUCAAGCGCUCGUACUAAGACCGAUGCAAUUGUUAAAGCUGUGAUAGCACCACAUUCUGUCGACAUAGCUCUGAAAGCACUAGAAGACAUACCUUACUGUGGUGUUUCUACUGAUGGGAGCAAUCACGGUGCUGUGGAAAUAUUCCCUCUGCUUAUUCAGUAUUUUGAUUGGAAGAAUGGUGGCGUGCAAAGUAAAUUAGUCUAAGUUAAAAACACUCCAAAUGAGACAGCUGAUACGAUCGCGCAAUACAUCAAAGAAACACUGCAAAAUAAUGGGAUUUUUUCCAAAUGUAUUGCAUUUACAGGUGACAACUGCAAUACAAUGUUCGGGGGAAUCCGGAGUGAUGAAGAAGGAAAUAAUGUUUUCGCAAACUUAAAGAAGUCAUUGCAGAACAAGUCUUUAAUCAGUGUGGGCUGCCCAGCACACGUCUUGAACAAUUGUGUUCAUUACGGGGCAGACACACUAGAUGUCGAUAUUGAGAACAUCAUCUUCAAAAUAUGUCAAUACUUUCACAUCUACACUGUGCGCACAGAGAAUCUGAAGGAGUACUGUGAAUUUGUUGAUGUUGAAUACAGAAGUCUCCUUUCUCACAGCAAGACGCAAUGGCAGUCAUUAUUCCCAGGUAUUGAGAGGCUGCUACAGAUGUUUCCAGCCUUGAAAGCAUUAUUUUUGUCACAGGAAAAUAAGUUUUUUUGAAGAUGAGUUCAGUGAAAUGUACCUCUGGCACAUGCACUAACUCAUGUGUGUGUUUCAUUCACACAUUCAGGAGAUGGAAAGGGAGAGCAAUUCAAUUGUGGAAGUGAAUAACUUUUUGAACACACCAUGCUUCUUGAACGCAAGACCAAUAACUUAAUGUCCCUUAAAUGUAAGGUACUAUUGGCACAAAAGCACAAGGAUGGACUUUUCAGUGCUCAAGUACAGGGUCUGUACAGUUCAUUACAUUUUACUCAUUUAGCAGACGCUCUUACCCCCGUGGGAAUCAAACCCACAACCCUGGCGUUGCAAACGCCAUGCUCUACCAACUGAGUUACAUCCCUGCCGGCCAUUCCCUCCCCUACCCUGGACGACGCUGGUCCAAUUGUGCACCGCCGCAUGGGUCUCCCGGUCGGGGCCGGCUACGACAGAGCCUGGAUUAGAACCAGGAUCUCUAGUGGCACAGAUAGCACUGCGAUGCAGUGCCUUAGACCACUGCGCCACUCGGGAGGUGCCUGGAGUAUCUGGAGAAAUGGAUGGCACCCAUGGAGGAGUUCUCCUCUUUCAUGUGGAUGGAUCUGAGUGAGACACCUGACUGGAAUGACAUAGAAGCCUGUAUCAAACACCUGGGAGAAAAGGGGGUGCCAAUUGAUGAUGCAAAGUGCUUUGAUCAGGUCACCAACCUAAAGAAAUUCACAGAAAGGUGUAACAGUGAUGGAGAGUUCAGUAAUCUGCAAGCACACAAGGCGGUGACCCGAUCUUGUAGGUUCAUGCUCUACAACAUUCAGAGAGUACGACCCUGCCUUACACAGGAAGCGGCACAGGUCCUAAUCCAGGCACUUGUCAUCGCCCGUCUGGAUUACUGCAACUCGCUGUUGGCUGGGCUCCCUGCCUGUGCCAUUAAACCCCUACAACUCAUCCAGAAGGCCGCAGCCCAUCUGGUGUUCAACCUUCCCAAGUUCUCUCACGUCACCCCGCUCCUCCGCACACUCCACUGGCUUCCAGUUGAAGCUCGCAUCUGCUACAAGACCAUGGUGCUUGCCUACGGAGCUGUGAGGGGAACGGCACCUCCGUACCUUCAGGAUCUGAUCAGUCCCGACACCCAAACGAGGGCAUUGCGUUCAUCCUCCUCUGGCCUGCUGGCCCCCCUACCUCUGCGGAAGCACAGUUCCCGCUCAGCCCAGUCAAAACUGUUCGCUGCUCUGGCACCCCAAAGGUGGAACAAGCUCCCUCACGACGCCAGGACAGCGGAGUCACUCACCACCUUCCGGAGACACUUGAAACCUCACCUCUUUAAGGAAUACCUGGGAUUGGAUAAAGUAAUCCUUCUACCCCCCCCCUUACCCCACCCCAAAGAAAAAAAGAAAAAAAACAUAUUGUAAAGGGGUUAUCCCACUGGCUAUAAGGUGAAUGCACCAAUUUGUAAAUCGCUCUGGAUAAGAGCGUCUGCUAAAUAACGUAAAUGUAAGUGGACCAAAUAUUUAUAAAGGUCCAAAAGCAUAGAUUUUCAUUCAGAGCUACUGAAGAUUGCACAGUUUUUCUUUGCUAUUCCUUCUCACAAUGGAAAUGUAGAGAGUUUUUUCACUGAUGCAAAGCCAGUGGACAAAGGAAUCACUUGUCUGUUGAGUCACUGAAGGGGCUUCUGUGUACACAAUACAACUUUAAAAACAUGUCUUGCAAAGACUUUCAUGCCUACUUGAUUGGUAAUCAAGGACUGUUGGGAAAGAUUCGAUCUUUGGGAAAGUAUACCAGAGAGCAUCAGGAGGACUGACAUUAUUUUUGACUGAAAUAGUGGAUUUUUUUAUGACAACUGUUUUUUAAAAUGUUAUUUUAACCUAUGGCAAUGAAAAGAAAGUGUCAUGUAAAAGGUGUUAAAAGCUAAACUAUUUUUUUGUUUUUGUUUGUUAUUAUUCUAUUGUUGAGGGCCAACAGUUGAAUGGAAAGGAUGUAUUACUUUAUGUAUUAAAGUUCAAUAACAUAGUUGCAUGGUUGUGAACGCAUUUGUAUUUACCACCCACUGCGGGUGACCGUCUGCCUCCCGCUCCCACUGUCCUCUUUUUUGAAAACUAAAAUAUGGUCACCCUAAAUAAUCUCGCUCUUAUCCAUAAUAAUCUCAUCAUGUAGGUAGCCUACCCACACUGUAUCCGCAAGCUGUUAGCUAGAGCGCAUGCGCCAAAGCCAGAGUGGGUCCAUUUGCUAUAUAACGCCAUAGUUUUUGUGACAAAACCAUCAGUAGAGUUGAGAAUGCGAUGGAAACCAAUUGAACUUGUUUUUCUGUACAUGGGAAUUUAACAGCAAAAUAAAUCUUUAUGUGCACUACAUCAUCCCUCACAGCCUUUUAUCUGCAAUAAGUCCAUUUGAUGGAAACACAGAUUUUAGAAUAUUCACAUGAAAAUCUGUCACCAAUUGGAUGGAAACCUAGCUACUCUCAUUAAAAAGCAUAUUUCAUAUGCUGGUAUUCACAGACAAUUUAACUACACCAAGAAUAUGCUGUAAUAUACUGUAUAUCUUAUCCAGCUACAUACUUGAUUUCAAAGAUCAAAGUUGAAUGUUAAAACAGGGCAAUUACUGUAUAUCAUUUGGGCCAGUAAGUACAAUUGUAUACUGAACUAAGUGCAUAGUUUACCAUUUAAAACAUUAUAUAUACUGCAGUUCAUUCUCUUUGUUGGAAAUUAAAUGAGAGCAAUGUCUACGGUCAGUCACCUAUACAUUUAACUUUUUACAUUUUAGUGAUUUAGCAGACGCUCUUAUCCAGAGCGACUUACAUGAGCAAUUAGGGUUAAGUGCCUUGCUUAAGGGCACAUCAACAGAUUUUUCACCUUGUCGGCUCGGGGAUUAGAACCAGCGACCUUUCGGUUACUGGCACAACGCUCUUACCCACUAAGCUACCUGCCGCCCCCUGGCUUUAUAUCCAUGUCCUUACCUUUAUCUUGCAGUGCAGUGGGUUGGGUGCCAUAAAACCAAUGUUCACCUCCACGUAAUGCUUGCACUCUGCUUUCCUUUUCAGCAUGUCGGUAUAAGCAUUCAAUGUGUGUGUUUCUGUUUGCUGAAAUGGAAAGCAGAGUGCAAGCAUUACGUGGAGGUGAACAUUGGUUUUAUGGCACCCAACCCACUGCACUGCAAGAUAAAGGUAAGGACAUGGAUAUAAAGCCAGGGUGUUUACUCACUUGUCCAGGAAACUCAGAGACAGCCACAAGAAAUCAUAUUCCUGCUCAACUAUGAAGUAAGUACUCCUUAAAAAAAUAAAAUCAACUACAGAAAACAGCAGAUUCAAUAGAACUCAAUGUUAACAAACUCAAUUUAGAUUAGGGAUAGACUUGUGUCACAUUAACUCUUGAUCUUGAUGCUUAAUAGUUUCUAAAAAGUUUCCUGUUCCAACCCUUGUCUUAACCAGCCCUGCUCAGACAGCCCUGAAGACUAAACUGGAGAAGCUGGAGUGUCACUUCACCUGGGGACUGGAAGUCAGCAGGUACCAGCUGCUCAUUCUCAGAGAUCACCUGGAGGACAUUGGCAGUGACCAGAGCUUUCCAUGGCUGGGUCAGAUGUACAACUUGUGGGCUUACAUACACCACACCCUGGGCUCCACUGAUGCAGCCCUGCAGUGCCUCAGUAAGGCAGAGGAGGCCUUUUACCUAAACAGUCCUUCAGACAAGAUGGGUCCUUGGCUGCUGGUCCACUAUGGGAACCUAGCCUGGGUGCACUAUCACCUGGAUAACCAGGCGGAGAGCCAGCGGUGCGUGACAAAGGUUGAGGGACUGCUACGAGAUUACCCCUCGCCUUCCCAGGAAGAACUGCACCCCGAGGUGUGUGCUGAAAAAGCCUGGACCCUCAUGAAGUUUGACCAGGACAAAAGACUGAAAGCGAUAGUUUACUUUCAAAUGGCUAUUAGGAUGGAACCUGAGAGAAUGGAGUGGCAAUCAAGCCAUGCCUUGGCCCUAGACUCAGUUUAUCCUUUUCAUCCAAACAACCAACAGAAGGAGUCUGAGGUUCUAAAGGAGCUGAGACUUGCCAAGGAACACGAUCCAGACAACUUGUAUGUAGCAAGUAUCUACCUGUUAAGACUUGGCAGGACGAGCCAGGUCACAAAGGAGGAAGCGCAACAGCUAGCGCAGCACAUUUUAAAGAAGCCUGUCAGCUGCUACAGUGGUCUUAGACCCUUACUUCAGUUUUACAGGACAUAUUUAUCACACAAUGAAGCUAUUGACCUAGCAGCCGAGGCUCUGGAAAGACAUCCAAAUGUUCGCUACCUGAAAAAACAUCUAGCGAAUUCCUACAAAUGGAAAAUCUACUCAAAGGAGGACAGUCUGAGGAGGAAGAGCAUGUACGACAGAGCCAUCAGUCUCUAUAUAGAUGUGAUCUCACUCUAUCCAGAGACAUCACUAAAGGUCAAACUGGAGCUUGCAAGCAUCUAUGCAGAAUCAGACAUUGACAGGAGGGAACUAGCCAAGCAGAUCUAUGAGGAAUUACUCGCCAGCGAGCAGGAUCCACACAACUUACAGUUACUCUACUUCAAUUACGCUAGUUACCUGCAUUUCCACAUCCAGGAUCGCAAUGCAUCAAUUGAUUUUCACAUGAAGGCAGCAAAAAUACCUAAUCCUAACAAAUACGGUAAAAAGAGUAUCGACAUCUUGAGGAGGAUUGGACAACGGGGAAGAAAUCGAAGAUGUGCAGAAAUCUGUGAAUUUCUCGAAAACCUUUCUUCUCACAGAAUGAAUAACAGCAAGGAGGAGAAUUAA